CACCUUUCUGUGACUUCCCAGCUCACCUCGAGCCUCCUCUUCAGAAAGCUAUCCAUUGUAGGAACGAGACGUCGCGAUGAUUAUUGGUCUCGAGCUCGCCUUCGCUCUGGUGCCAUUGGUGGUUACGGCAACUGAAUACCACAGAAAAGCAUAUGGCAAGGCUAGAACAAUUGUGUCUGGGAAGGCCAGAGACGAGGAGCUUGAAGACUUUCUGUCAGAGCUUCAUGAUGAGGUAGCUUUGCUCGGACAUACUCUAAGAUCCUUGAUCACCGAUCUCGCGACGCUCGACGAAAGCCAAAGAGAUCGGCUGUUGGACCUUGAUCGAGGAGAAUGGAAGCAGGAAUGUGUCAGCACCGCAUUAAGGACAAGGCUUGGAGGCGAUGCAGAGAUGGCCUUCACAGACAUUCUAAGCCGUCUGCUAAAAUCCUUGGAGGAAGUCGUGAGCGAGAGAUCCUUUCGCUUUAUCAAGUCCGACGUGACUUGCUCGCCGUGUCUUUUCAAGAAGCUUGAAGGGUUUCGCGAAGACAUGGCCAAUGGCGUGACAAUCCAUGACCUCCGUGCUCGAUUCCAGUUCACGACCAAAGGAGAACGCCGUGCCAAAAACAUCAAGAGGAUUUCUAAGUGCAACAAGAAAUUGGAACGAUUUGUCCACGGCCAUCCCGCUGGCAUUAUUGAUGCAGCAAAGAAGACCUCUCUGCGGAAGGCACGACCUCCUACGAACACGUCUCGUAGAAUGUCCCAGGAUGCACACCAAAGGAUUGCCCGACACCACUGGACCUGCCCUUGCCCGUCGCCUCAUGAGGCUAGAUUGGGUCUUUUGAAGUGUCUGAUGAGUCCAGAGAAGGCAGACUCCGCAAUCCAUCUUGACCUGUUGGUGUCCAUGAGGAGUGAAGAUCCAGAAAAGGAGAUUUGGCUAGAAAGCAGAAUUAGCAUUCUUCUCGACAGCAGAGGGGAAACAAAAACCAGACCACUCGUCAGGUUUGUGGACGCGCAAGACCUCGUUGAACACCUCGUUGAGCACAGGCUCGGUUCUGAGGGCCCACGCCGUUAUAUUGACACCGAGUCCGUCUGUACACUGAUCAAAGAGGCUUAUGAACACAACUACAGUCUAGAGCUUGUGUUUGACGGAGAGAGACUCUGGCAAACGAGACCAACCAGGAGUCGUGUUGUCCUCAGGCCGGAGAUUGGAAUCCCACUCAAGACUCUGCUUGGAGAUUCUGAGUCGAGACUGAAAUUGAAAUUGAAGGAAAGUAGGAUUCUAGCGGUGGUUCUUGCCCACGCUAUCCUCCAUUACUGCGAAAGUCCUUGGUUGUCGAACAACUGGAACAAGGAGCAUGUCAACUUCUUCGCGACCACUAUGGGCCCAGAUUUGAUGAGGCCAUAUCUUGUCACGCAGUUCGAGCCCUUGUCUGAAACUGCAGAAGAAGCGUCAGGAAAUAUGUAUAGCCAUCCAAGCCCAGCUCUUCUGUCCCUUGGAAUCUUGCUUCUGGAGCUCUAUAUGGCAAAGCCAAUUGAAUCUUUGUGGGAAGAGGAUGAUAUGGAAAACGGCAUGGAGGGCAUUAACACAAAUUGGAUCACAGCCGAAAAGCUGUUGGAAAAGAUGGGAGACGACCUGUACGAAGGUUACCGGAGUGCAAUCCAGGCCUGUCUGAAUGUCGACUACGUUGGCACUGAAGACAGUUUCAGUCUCGACGAUGAAGGUUUCAGGAAGCUGGUCUAUGAGCGAGUUGUGGUGCCAUUGGAAGAUGAACUUGAAAAUGGUUUUCGUAUCACCCCGGCAGACCUUGGAGUCUUGUGAGAUAUCAUAAAGUGUUCGGGGUGGUCUAGUUAAGUGGCAUCGGCGCGAGGAUAAUGGUAAAACUAAUGGCGAUGGAUUUGUUUGGCGUUGGUAGAGUGUUUCAAUAAGGAUCGAUUGAGGUAUCUUGUUCGCGGCAGUGUAUCGAGUAGUGUUUGUUUGUUUGUUUGUUUUAUUCAUACUCCGUUCUAGGCCUGAAAAGGCCCAUGCGGGGACUAACUACAUGAGUUCUAACCUCAGGUAAUGUUUUCGCUGACUAAUCCACUUCUUGUUAACAAGAAGACGCGUGCAAAAGAGGUCCUGGGCUUUAGUAAAUAGCUCCAAAACCCU